GCCCAUAUAGGAAAGGCAGCCGGCUCCCGCAUCGCGCUCCGCACUCUUCGCAGCGCUGAAGAAAGGCUCAUAGCCUCCGGGGAGGCGCAAAUAAGUUGGCUUCUUUGGCAAAUGUCGCCACUGGAGACGCAGUGUGUCGGGCUCAUUUUCCCUCUGAUGGCAAAUGCUGGUUUAAUUAAUUUCGCAAUUUUGCAGUCUCUCGGGAGCCUUAUAUGAAACCCCGCUCUUAAAACAUUUCGGCGCAGAAUAAAAUGCUGGUAUUUGUGGCUUUUCGGAUGAUUUGAACAUUCCGUUCGAUAGCAUAAGUAAUAAGUUAAUUAGUUGCCACUUGCAGAAGAGACAACUUCAGCUGCGACAAUGGCGUUAAACACGCAGAAUACUGAUUCCGCCCAAAUCAAGGAGCCGCAGCGACAUCCAGAUCCAGGAACCAACCUGCAGAAAGAGGAGGAGUCCGUUCUGUCCGUCAUCAGCUGUCAGCCAACCGGCGGGGAGCAGCAAGUCCCUCGCUCCGCCUCCAGCCAGGGGCUCCGGGGUCCUGAUGCUGCCCACAAGGAGGAGUUUUGGCACACUGACCAAAUGCUUACAGUGUCGGAGCGGACGGAGAACACUAACGGGGUGUGCCCCCUCCCUGCGGACUCCCCCCCCCUUUCGUCCCGAUCCUCCCCCCCGACUCGCAAGCACUCCAAGUCUCACCUGUCAUCACAAUCACUUGUGCCGAACGGCAGGGCUCGGCUGGGUAGCCACUCCAGUUUGAAGAGUCACAUGACGGCCUCCCCGCGGCCCUCCCUCUCCCGCCACCCCAGCACCGCCACUGUCGGCCUCAAUGAUGGCACCAAGCAAGAAGACUACCUGCUGCUUGCCAUCCUGUCCUGCUUCUGUCCCAUGUGGCCUCUCAACAUCAUAGCCCUGGUCUUCUCAGUCAUGUCUCGCAUCAGCCUGCAGCAGGGAAAUGUGGACGGUGCCCGCCGUCUGGCCCGGGUGGGUAAACUUCUCUCUCUGGUGUCCCUGGUGGGCGGCGUCAUCAUCAUCAUCACCUUUGUUGUCAUCAACUGGGGCAUCAUCCUCAAGUCCUGAGUUUGAGAUCAUCGCAGGCCGGGGCUUCCAGACCUACAAAUCGCCCCAACCAAAUCAGGCCAUUUUCUCCAUCUAUACUCAACCACUGUGGGUUACUAAAAACCACCAUCCUCAGCUCCGAUCUGAAAACGUGAAAAAACUACUUUACCAAGCGAAAACAUGAGCUCUGACAUCCCAUGGCUUCCAGGCAUGUGUGGGUGAAUGUCAUUCAGAACUGAAGUGGAUCAGCACUCUCUACGUUGACAUUCAGUUCAGCAGAACUUGCUGCACUGGCAGUAACGCCACUGUGAGAACCCACACUCUCCCAUUGAAUCAUCAUUCACGAGAGGACAUAUUUACGUAAUUAUGAAAACAACACUGUACUUCACGGCAAAAAUCUAACGGGCUCCAAUUACUAAGCACCCACUCCAAACAUCUAUGAAUGAAUAAAUUAAUGUUACUGUUUCUAUUGUACCAUAUUGACAAGACCUCAUUUGACAAAAGGAGUUACAUUUUACUCUCAGCAUGGCAUGCAUUGAUUAAGAAUGUGCAGACUUGCCGAGAUGCGUUUGGAGAGCGUGUGCUUGUGAUUUUCUGAACCUGCAGAUUUCCUAAAUGUGAAGCUCAAAUGUGGGCAGACGGAGGAAGAGAGUAUAGCAUGUCACAAACCCCGAUCCAGGAAACUGAGGUUGGUGUUUCUGGGAUCUCAGGGUGUUUGCAUUGCCGAGCUGCUGCAGAAUGGAAGGGGGAACUCCUCCGAGCGGAUUAACGGAGCAACGUGUGCUGCAACCAGGGAGAGGUGGAGGAGACGGAAGAAAGGAUGAGCAGGGCCACCAGCCUGCUAGGAAUGGAACCAGCACCCAGAGGACAGAGGGACAACAGAAUGGGGAAAAAUGGCUGUCGACUUUUUUGGGGUGUCCUGCAUCCCAUUGGAUGAUUUAGACAUGAAAGCAGUUAUGGCAGACAGUGGAGUUUUAUUCUGCAUCAGCGAGAGUGUCUCCUGUCAGAAGAACGUGCCAGAAUAUGUCAGCUUCAGAGCUCCUCCUGGGUCCUUUGUACUAGCAGUAACAGUGCCUGCUUGGACCUGGAAUAUUAUUUUUUUAUUCCAGACAUUUUGCAGUUUUCAACUAGAGUUGUGUCUGUAAGUGGUGACAGAUUAAAUCUGUCAGUCACUUUUGGAAAUGUGUUUUGAUGCAGCUGCCUGAGGCUUUGCCUGCAUCUUGCCUAGUUGUACGGGAAGCUUAUAAGGUUUAGUGUCUGCGCCGUUUCUGAAAGAAAAAAAAAAAUGUUUACAAUAACACAGUACGCUGGGGACAUACUGUUCCUGUCAGUAUUGCGGAGGGGACAGUGUAAGAUGCAUUUUUGUGGUAUAGAGACAUUUCUAGGAAAGCAGCCAAGGUUAACAUUUUUGGUAAACUAUCAAAACAUUUCACGAUUUAAAAUACGAGGUUUAAAUGUGCCGUGGCCUGAUUUUUCUCUAAAAAUAGCAGAAAGGUUAUAAAUUCAUACUUGCUUUGCGAGGCUGUUGGGACAGAUGCGUGUGGCGCGUGCCAUGUGCAGGGAGACCCAGCUCUCACCUGGAAACAGAGGCGCAUGGGGGCGGGAGGGAGCGUUUGGCGUAAUGCCACACUGUGAUCCAGCUGGACACUGUCCCUCUGCGUGUCUGCAGUGCAGGGUGGCUCUGAUUGCUGCCCAAAUAUCUGCAACCCCACCGUUUGACUGCCGCAUGACCAUGAAGCUGCAUUUAUUGUGGGGGAAGCUGGUCACGCUGUAGAUUAACAUUGACUGCUGCAUGAGAAUGGCGGCUUGUUUUGGCUUUUUAGAUAGGUUUGAAUAAUAUUACCCACUUGCACUGUCAAAUGUUGCAGAAAUUACUAAUCAAAUAGUAUUAAUAUUUGUUGAUUGUAUUUUCCCGCACAUUUAAUAUGCUAUUAACACAUCAUGAGAAUGUUAUACAAUAUACUACAUGGAAUCUGACUGUUAAUCCUCACAGUUUCCACAUAGGUAGUAGAAUUGUGAUUAUUAUUGUUGGCAAUGGUGUUGCAUUUUUUUCUUUGGUGAUACUUUACAUUUUUGUAACAGCAAUAGAACAAAACUGUACGCACAGAAAAUAAUGCAUGCCGUUUGUUCAGUCUUUUAUCGUUAAAUGGCGAUGGCAAAACUGUUUCAAAACCACAGUGCAUUCAUCAGGUUAAUCUGAAACUAUUUAUAUCCAUAUAACCAGUCUUACUGAUACUGCAACGAUGUAGCACCGAGUGCCUGUGCAUGUCUUAAGUGACCGUCUUCAUUUAAAAAAAAAAAAAAAAAAAAAAAA